CUUUUUCAUUAUACAAAAUGACAAAAACUACAAAAGAACCACCAUUGACAGCUGCCUUUCUCGGCGAAUACUCUGAUACUGUGGAAGAUUUACCUCUUGAAUUACGACGAAAUUAUACCCUCAUACGACAACUAGAUGAUAAUGCAGAAGAGCUGAUGUGUCAAGUAGAAAAAGAAACAAUGCUGAUAACAGCAUCAGGGAAAGAUUUAUCACCAAAAGAAAGAAAGAAAAAAUUAGAGCAUAUUAGCAAUCUAUUAAAGGAAGUGAUUAAUAAAGGAGAAGAAAAAUAUGCACUGGCUAAAUCAACCUAUGAUUCUGUUGAUCGACACUGUACAAAACUAGAUAAUGAUUUAGAGAGAAUAGAGGCCGAACAGCAGUUACUGGAACCAACACAUAGAAUGUAUGAACAUGCUCAAUAUGAAUCAAUAAAACCUUCUCAAGGUGAAUCAAGGAGAGGCAGAAAGAAAAAAACAAGCGAAGAAGGCUAUUCUUCUGAUGAUUUACAAAAGGAAAUCUCCUUCAGUAACAUGCCUAUUGAUCCAAAUGAACCACGUUAUUGUUAUUGUCAACGAGUCUCUUUUGGUGAAAUGGUUGCUUGUGAUAACCCAGGCUGUGAGAUCGAAUGGUUUCAUUAUGAAUGUGUUGGGUUAGAUUCGCGGCCAAAAGGAGCAUGGUUCUGUAAACAUUGCGCAGUUAAACAUAAUGCAACAAACAAAAAGAAACAGAAACACUAAUCCACUCUGGCCUUCUUCUUUUUAUCCUCUUCUUCAUUACUCUUUUCUGCUAAACGCUUCUUGUUUCUACUACAAUGUUAAUAAAACAAAUCUUUAAUGAAUGCAUAUAUGUAUAACUUACAGGGUUGUAUCUGGAUAGGUCAC